GAUCAGGGCCAUGGGUUAAGCAGUUGUAGCUUGAGAAUGGAAGUAGAUCCUACUAGUCCAGAGAAUUCCGACCAGGUACCUGCAGGAGGCAUCUCAUCAGAACAAUACGGCCCCACCCCAACCCAUCAGGUAAGGUCUUACGAGUGCACCUUUUGCAAGAGAGGCUUCUCUAACGCACAGGCGCUUGGGGGUCAUAUGAAUAUCCAUCGAAGAGAUAGGGCCAAGCUCAAAGAACCCAGCUCCAUCAAGAAAGAUCAUUCCUCUUCUCCUCCUCUUCUUCCGGUGAUUUCUACGGAACCCAGUUCUUUAGAAUUGGAGUAUAGUGAAGACAAGGCAGCUGCUUCCACCCUAAGGCAGACAUGGCCGAUUACUGGAGAAUUCCGGCAGCUCCAGUUGUUUUCUGAGAGACCAUCAAGCAGUGAUCAACGUCACAAGUUAUCAAGAAGUGGUGUAAAGGAGACACAGGUGACCACUGAUAGUUCUUCCGCCGAUGAGGAAUUGGACCUGGAGCUUAGGUUGGGACAUGAUUCCUGAGUCUCAUAUGAUCAAGAUCACACGUUGACCACUGGUACCAAGAACACUUUUUUUCUUCUUCUUAAUUUCGUUAUUUCAUGACAUGGUUUGAUUGUUUUAUUUGAGACUUCUUCUUCUUCUUCUUAUUUAUACUUGUACUGUUCUUAACAAUAUUUGGUGAUAGAAGAAGAUAAAGAAAUGUGUACAGUAUUAAAUGUUCUUCAGAUAGAAAGAGAGAGACUCAUUUGUAACUUUUGAAGUUACACCUUGGGGACAUUUACUUAAAACUAUAAACUGAGUCUCAUAACACUCACCUCAGACUUCUCAUUUGUAAGAUCAGUCUCUCGUUUGGUAACAAUAAGUUGAGCCAUUUGUCUUCCUAGUUGUAACUUUGUU